AUGGAGGUGCAGGACAGGAGCCGCUCCCCUUCCCGCAGGACCAGUAGGGUCGAGCAGGUGGUUGGACGAUGGCUGAGGCGGUCCCGAGACCUAGGCAGCAGGUCUCACUCUCUGAGCAGAGACAGGGUCACAAUAGAUGGAAAGAACGAGGCCAGUGGCUCCGAUCAGAGGAAUUACCCCUUUCGCUUCAAUGUUCAGAUCCAGCGGGACCCAAACCUCAAUUCUCAUGGCCUCACUCUGUCCCCCCAGACUCCCAUCCUGGUGCAGGACAUCUCCCCAGGUGGUCCUGCAGAUGGCCGUCUCGUCCCUGGCGACCAGCUUGUGAAGAUCAAUAACGUUGCUGUCGAUGACCUGACCCCGGAGCAAGCUGCUGAAAUAAUCAGGGAGUGUCAAGACACUUUGACAAUGACUAUCCUCAGAACAAUGCUGGGCCCAAAGUCAUCAUUCAUAACACCGGAGAAGAGGGCCAAGCUCAAGUCCAAUCCUGUGAAAGUUCACUUUGCUGAGGAGGUGGAAGUCAAUGGACACUCUCAAGGCAAUUCGCUGCUCUUCCUUCCUAAUGUCCUGAAGGUGUAUCUGGAGAACGGGCAGACCAAGGCCUUUAAAUUUGAACCCAGCACCACAGUCAAGGACAUUGUGAUGACGCUGAAGGAAAAGCUGUCUCUGAGCCGUAUCGAGCAUUUCUCCCUGAUGCUGGAGCAGCGACACAGUGCCACCAAACUGCUGCUCUUACAUGAAGAGGAGAGGAUACACCAGGUGGUGCAGAAGAAAGAGGCCCACGACUACAGAUGUCUGUUCCGUGUUUGUUUCAUGCCCAAAACCCUCCAGACUCUGCUGCAGGAUGACCCCACUGCCUUCGAGUACCUCUACUUGCAGGGGGUGAAUGAUGUGCUGCAGGAGCGUUUUGCAGUAGAGAUGAGGUGUAACACCGCCCUGCGACUCGCUGCGCUGCAUAUCCAGGAGAGGCUGGCGAGCUGUGGACAGUCGCCAAAGACCAACCUGAAGAUAAUAACAAAAACGUGGGGCAUAGAGAACUUUGUGUCUUCCACAUUGUUGAGGAACAUGCGAGAGAAAGAUCUGAGGAAGGCCAUCGGCUACCACAUGAAGAAGAGCCAAUCACAGCACGAUCCCAAGCAGAAGGGCCUGCCAGCCGAUCAGGCGCGGAUAAACUAUCUGGAGGAGCUGAGCGACCUCAAAUCAUUUGGAGGGAAAUCCUUCAGUGCCACCAUGAUGCUCCAGGACAGGGAGUCCAUGGUGACCCUGUUGGUGGGGGCGCGCUACGGGGUGAGUCAGGUGGUCAACCACAAACUGAGCAUCCUGUCCACUCUCACAGAGUUCACCAGCAUCACGCGCAUUGAGUUGCUGCCUGAAUCCGACAAGGUCAGCCUGGUCAAAAUAUAUCUGCAGGACAUCAAGCCCAUCACAUUACUGCUGGAGUCAGUGGCAGCCAAGGAUAUGUCCUGCCUAAUAGCAGGGUACUGUAGAGUGUUUGUCGACCCCAACCUCAACAUCUUUCCCUGGAUAGACCUCUCCAAGAAACACAGAGUGUCUGCUGAGGAAGGUUACGUGUCACGGCGUGGUAGUGACUCAGACAACUCCUCAGACCUGGACAUGGAGCCGCUGGUCUCCCUUGUGUCUCACGAUGAUAAGCCCUGCCCACGUGUCAGAUCCGCAUCAGACCCAGAUGGAAGAAAACGGAAAGACAGGGACAAAAGGAGACACAAAGAUGGCAAAGAAAAGGGUGAUAAACCAUGGGCAGAUAAAAAACAGAAGGAAGAAAAGGAUGCUGACACAGAAAAGAGAAAGUCUCCACCAGAUAAGAAUAAAGACACAGAGCACAAAGAGGAGGCAGAGAGAGCGCAGGGUGGCGGACAGAUACAGAUCGAGAUAACAAACAACGACUCUAGGGAACAGGAAAAAGUGGGGACACAAAAAGAGGCACAAGAAGGUAAGAAUGGAGGUGGAGAAGGGGUGCAAGCAGCAGAGGAACAGCCGACUGCAUCAGAAGCAUCCGAUUCGUGUCAUACUGACUCGCGUGUCCUCACGAGCCCCUCCACCGACUCUCUUGACGCCCUUGAGGAAGAUGACUUGAUUACCUGUUCAUCUUCUUCCAUCCAUCCCAAUGCCCACAUGCACUCCUCCCUCCAGCUUCAGCCUUACUCCCAUAGGCACGCUCAGACCCACCUCCUCGCUCCCCCACCUGCUCAUUCCCAUCCCCUUAUCCACCCCUCAACUCACGACAGAGGAGAAGGGGGCUGCAGGAGGUCAGGCGACGGAGCCGACCCCCAACUCCUCACAUCCGUCUCCACGUGGGCAAACACACCCCUCAAAAGAUGUUCAGACACCCCCUGCUCUGAUGACACCUCCCUGUGUUUCGCCGAGCUCUCCCGACUCGUGGAAUACCUGCCGAGCCCCCCGGAGGCCAGCGACGACGACGAAGACGAAGAAGAGGAACUGAGGAGAAGGAGGAGGAGGGUGUGGAAAGAGAUGGAUGAUUUUAAAGAAAAUCCACUUUCCCCUCCCUCUUCCUCCUCCCGCACGGAGUUUGUGUUUAACUUUGACCAAAGUGACGCAAGCUGCUACUACAAACUGUGCUCCAACAUCACCCCCGACAGCGCUCGCAGCCUCCCCCACCUGCUGAAUCAUGAUGAGGAAGGAGAGGGAGAGACGGUGGAGGGAGAUCAGGUAGAACUGGAGCCGAUCCCUAUCCUCCAGCCACCACCUGGCUUUGGAGACAGCAGUUCUGACGAGGAGUUCUUUGACGCCAGAGAUCGUUUCACCUCACCUGAAGACCCGACCUCGGGGGCUGUGCCAAGAGCUAUUGGCACAGGGAUGAAUGAUGGGAAACCAGAAGAGAACAGAAAAGGAGACGAGGAAGGAGGAGGCAGAGAAACGUUGUACCAGCUCAGAAAGAGAUCCCGUAAACGGCGUUCCUUCAUGGAAACUGAUUACACUUCUAGGGUGUCAUAUCCAGAACCAGAUCCACAAUCUCAGCAUGAUCCGGUCUCCAACAGACUUCAUAAAAACCUCUUGGCAGGAGUCAGUGAUACCCAGAUGCUAAGUUCUGACCCUGAACCUUCGAAGCAAACCCGGAAUCCCAGUCCCACCGUCUCCUGCCUCACUCACUCUGAAGGGGAACCAGCCCUGCUCGAGUCAAAGCCUAUUUUGUCCAAACCCCUCCCCCACAAACCAGAUUCUCCUUCUAGAUUUGGGUCUCACGGGCAGGCGAGAGACCCACAGGCCUUCUCCAGGACCAGGAAGCAAGAAAUGGAGAUGGAACCUGACGCAAUGGAAUCCAAAUCAGUCACAGACCACUUGAAGACAGUGUCCCCUACCAUCACUGUCGUCCGGUGCAGAGUGGAUCCAGAUGGGAAGGAGAAGGAGCCAACAGGUGUGCCAGGGAAUGGGCUGUUCAAUACUCAUAUGUUUUUGCCUGAAGUCACAGAAGUGGAGGGUAAGGGGGAAGAUGCAGGAGAAGAGGGUAAAGGGGGAGUGACAGAGUAUUCGUCCAGCUCAAAAAGACCUCUUAUUGGUGCUGAAAGGCAGCCAGAGGCCAACCCACCGCCUGAAUGUUUGACAGAUGUGAAUAAAAAUGAUAGUAACAUCCUGGCUGGUCUGAUUACCCCAGAGCAAAACUCAUAUGCAGAGGAAUACAUGCUUGAUAAUGAGAUUGUUCAUUCAAAUUGUCCAUCAUACUCACCACCACCCCCUCCACCCUCAUCCCCUCUACCCCCAACACCAGUUCUUCACAAAUCCCAAAGUGAUUGUUUCGUAGGGGAAGAAGAAGACGGCAAAAACACCAGAAGCUCAACUGAAAUGUCUUUAUCUAAUUCUGAAGAGAUGCCACUUAGUGAACAAAAUCACACCAACAAAGCACAAUUGCACUUAGAAAUCCCAACCAGUAUUAUUGAAUAUGAAGCCUUCAGUAUUGAUUCUACCAUGAUUGCUAGCGACGAAGUAUCCAACAGCACCAAUUCAGACAAUGUUUUUGAUGAUGAUGAAAUGACCAAUUCCCUAAAUUCUAGUUCAAGUGACACAAAAGCUGUUGACAGAGAUGAUUGGACUGUAGCUAUAAGGCCUAGCAGCAGUGCUAAAUCAACUACAGAAGGUAAAGAUGAGUCUGAAAUGAGUAUAUGCAAGUCUUUUACCGAUACUGAAGCUCAUACAAGAAUUUAUCCCAUGAAUUCUGAAUAUACUCGAGCUAUAAACUCCAUCACAGCAAAGCUUGGAGCUGCUACAAGUGUCACGUCUCCCACAUAUAAUUCAGGUGCUACAUUGAAAAGUGAGGUGACGCAAGAAACUGAGUCAUGCUCGGAUCAAAAUGUGGAUAAACCUAGAAGUGAAUCCAGCACGCCAUGUGCUGAAGCUAAAGGUAGUUUGGCUACUCCCAGUGUAGCAAAAGCUAGCACAACCACAAUCCAUGAUGUCUCCAAAGAGCCUCCUUCUCCAACUCGCUUCCUCUUCCAGUCUUGUUCCCCCAGCUUCAUGGGCAGCUUAUCUGCCUCCACACUUAGGGGGAAGAUUCAAAUGUUGCCCCUUUAUUUAUCGCGAUCCCAAGAAACCCUCAACCAAGCUGGGAUAGGAAAUGUUGCUGAGAGUCCUACUGAGGACAAAAGUAGGGGGAACAACGAGAUCACCAUCCAAGUAACAGAUGUUCACGAUGUCACACAAACGAUAGAUUUUGAAAUGGACCCAAUUGAAGAAUCAGUGGAGUCAGAUGAUUCAGAUACAACAGUCACAGGAUUAGAAGUGGAGGGGGCAUUUUUUGUGGACACAACCUCAGCUAACAGUUCUCAUUUGGUAUCAGAAGUGAAGGAAGCAACAGAGAUGGUGGUGUUGGACGAUAACAGCUCAUUGUUGCCCGUCCAGACUGAACCCAAACUCCAACACACAAAUCAAGAUUUCCACACCGAAUAUAACAAGACCACUCCUGGACCAAUAACAGAGCCUCCAACCUCCUUACUGAGCAGCCUCCAAAGAGAUUCUACAGGCCUAAUGAUGGACACUCCCGGCCCCAUAAGAGAUUCCCCGGCAUCACAGAUGAAAGUCACAAGCCCAAGUGAAGACAUUCCAGUUUAUAAAAUUACCACUCCUUCACCCUCCAUCCCUACUCCAAUAGUGGUGACCACACAGAAUCUAAAUGGGCCAGGAUUCCCUUUUCAUAGUCAGACGCACAAAGUAAGAAGGACCAGUCUUGACAGGCCUUUAAUGGGUCUUUGUAGACCAACAGAGCAGAACUCAGACUCACCAAAAACAUUUUCCUCAGGCUGCAAGGUGUUUACCAUCUGCGAGGACCCGUCCCAGACAAAGACACCAGCUGAGAUGGAGCCUGUCCUACCCUUGAAGCCUGAGUUUGGAUGCAGUUCUGUGCUAGCAUCUGGAUGUGAGUCAGUUGUGGAGGGUGUGCAGGUGCCACUGGACGCUUGCGGUUGCCCGACAGUCUACACCAACUGCUUCAGCGGGGGGGACAGCUUUGAUGAGGAGCUGACAGUUUAUGAGUUCUCCUGCCGCACACAGAGUAGCGGUGUGACUCAGACUUCUGGAGCAGGUCUUCCUCUCAUGACCUCCCCUCCUGUUCCCUCCUUCCUCUCCACCUCCUCCACACACUCUCCCUCCUUUCCACGCUCCAUCCUUUUCUCCUCCUCUACCUCUGAGCUGAGUCCUCUCCUCUCACCAUUGUCUGAGGCCUCUGACUGUUUCAUGUCUCAAACGCACAAGGACACUAUCAGUCGGCUAGGCCAGCAGCGCUACCCACAACCUCCCACAGGUUUCCAAGUGCUCCGUGUCGACGUGGACCAGCUGCUCUCCAUCCUGGAGAGUAGCAAUGCUGACCGAUCUGUGGGAGGUCAUGGAGGUCGUCACCCAAGGGACACCUGCCCCGCCCACUUUACAGAGAACAAACGAGUGCUCCAACUGGAGGCUCGGCGGCUGAUGUCUGGCUGCCAGAAAGUGGUGGGGAUUGGACAGAGCCCAGAGGAAAUGCUUCACUCCCUGGCUGACAGUUUCCGGACCCUGGUGGAGUUGGCCGGCAUAUGCCUGUGGUUCUCCGGUUGCGACAGGUGUGACCGGAGGAAUGCCGAGGCAGUUGCGGGUCUGGCAGAUGUGGCUCGGUCAUUCAGGGACUUCUGUCUGGCAGCAGAGCGUGCCAGCAGCAAGCGCAGCUGCCAGGACCUGAGCACCAAACUGCUAGCCAAACAGUGCACCGCGCUCACCGCCUCCGUCUUCUGCCUCACUCAGCUGUUCCGCACACUCACCGCACUAUGA